CCUAAAAAACCCUGUUAGAGACAAGAUAAUUUCUAAGUCAAUGCAUACCGUUGUUGGGUUCUUGCUGCUGUGCGCGGCAGCUGCUAAUGCGCAGUGGGACGCUAACGUUGUCAACGGCCAGGUAAUCGUCCACUUGUUCGAAUGGAAGUGGGAGGAUAUUGCAAAAGAAUGUGAGAAUUUCCUCGGUCCAAAAGGAUUCGGAGGAGUACAGACGUCUCCACCCAACGAGUAUGUAGUAGCGAUGCAAGACGUGGUGAAGAGGCCGUGGUGGGAGCGCUACCAGCCUGUCUCCUACAAAAUUGUGUCGCGAUCUGGUGAUGAAAACGCCUUCAGAGACAUGGUCCAGCGGUGCAAUGCUGUCGGUGUUAGGAUUUAUCCGGAUGCAGUGAUCAACCACAUGACGGGCGGUUGGCCGUGGGGCACUCCGAGUGUAGGAGGCAGCAGCUUCAACUCAGGCUCAGAGGACUACCCUGGCGUGCCGUACUCUGCCUGGGACUUCAAUGAUGGCAACUGCUACACUGGGUCUGGCAGUAUUGAGAACUACCAGGACGCUACACAGGUCCGAAACUGCAAGCUCGUUGGUUUGAACGACUUGAACCACAGCAAGGUCUACGUACGACAGAAAAUUCAAGAGUAUCUCAACCACCUCAUCGACAUCGGCGUGGCUGGCUUCAGAGUUGACGCCUGCAAACACAUGUGGCCAGGGGAUCUGCAAACAAUUUUCAGCGGCCUUAAAAACCUCAACACAGAUUACUUCCCUCCAGGGUCCAGGGCCAUGAUCUUCCAGGAGGUCAUCGAUCAAGGAGGAGAACCCAUCACUGCAAACGAAUACACUGGCAUCGGCAGAGUGACAGAAUUCAAGUACGGCCUCAAGUUGGGCAUAGCUUUCCGAGGUAACGACAAGCUCAUGUACCUGAAGAACUUCGGCGAGGGCUGGGGCUUCUUGGACAGGGCUUAUUCCCUGGUCUUCGUGGACAACCAUGACAACCAGCGAGGACAUGGUGGAGGUGGCGAUCAAAUCUUGACCUUCCGGGUGCCACGGCUGUACAAAAUGGCCACAGCCUUCAAGCUAGCAUGGCCUUAUGGCUUCACGAGGAUCAUGUCAUCCUACAACUGGCCCCAGGACAUCCAGAACGGCCACGACAACAACGACUGGAUCGGCCCGCCCCACGACAGCAACUACAACAUCAUCUCUCCCACGUUUGGGGCCGACGGCGCCUGCCGAGGCGACUGGGUUUGCGAGCAUCGCUGGCGGCAGAUCUACAACAUGGUCAUGUUCAGGAAAGUCACCCACGGUGAGUGGCUACCAAAGUGGUCAUAA